AUGCUGAAACAACUGCAAAUGGGCCUUCGCGCGUUCAUGCUACUCGCAUCCAAAGUAUGGAGUUGUUUUUGUUACAUGUUUAGAAAGCAGUACAGAGCGUUGGCUCAGUAUCAAUCUGUCAAGUAUGAGAUUUACCCACUUUCUCCGGUAUCUAGACACAGGCUAAGUUUGGUCAAAAGAAAAAUGUUGGUAUUGGACCUGGAUGAAACCCUAAUACAUUCGCACCACGAUGCAAUGCUGCGGCCAACAGUCAAACCGGGGACACCACCAGAUUUUGUACUCAAAGUGACGAUAGACAAACAUCCGGUCAGAUUUUUUGUUCACAAGCGACCGCAUGUUGAUUACUUUUUGGACAUUGUAUCACAGUGGUAUGAGCUGGUGGUGUUCACCGCUUCUAUGGAGAUCUAUGGCGCAGCCGUCGCUGAUAAGCUUGACAACGGACGGGGGAUCUUACGGCGGAGGUUCUAUAGACAGCACUGCACGCCAGAACACGGCUCCUAUACGAAGAAUUUAUCGUCGAUAUGCGAUGAUCUGAACAGGGUAUUCAUUCUGGACAAUUCGCCCGGCGCGUACCGGGAUUUUCCUGAUAACGCCAUACCAAUAAAGUCGUGGUUCUCCGACCCCCUGGACGUGGCGCUGCUGAACCUGCUGCCGGUUCUGGACGCGCUGCGGUUCACGCACGACGUGCGCUCGGUGCUCUCGCGCAAUCUGCACUUGCACCGCCUCUGGUAG